AUGAUUACAUUGUCAGGUCCGCGCCAAGUGGACUCAUCCGACACUGAUAACGACUUUGAUCACACUUUACGAGACUUUGCGGGAUCAAGGGAUUGGACAGGACCAGGGGGCUACGAGAGCAUACUUUUCCCGAGGAUUUCUGAAGAAGUGUGGACGUCUGAUAUAACAGAUUCUGCGUACUGGGAAUGGGUCCAUCAGCAGCAGGCCUACCGACUCUCACGCCCGUCCAACCGCCCUCAUGCCGAGCCGCCCACAGUUCCAUCACGCCUUCACGCCCUCACGCCCGCCAACAGGCUCACACCCACCCUCACGCCCGCCAACAGGCUCACACCCACCCUCACGCCCGUCCAACCGCCCUCAUGCCCAGCCGCCCACAGGUCCAUUACGCCUUCACGCCCUCACGCUCACCCACCCUCGCGCCCAGCCCGCCCACAGGCCCACCAGCACGCCCGGCCCGCCCGCCCACAGGCCCUCACGCCCUCCCACAGGCCCUCACGCCCACCCAUAGGCCAUCACACCCACAGGCCCACCCUCACGCCCCCACGCACGCCUCCCCCCGCCCACAGGCCCACCCACCCGCCCUCACACAUGUACGUACCUGUCCGGAUAAUUCGCGAGGCAUCCAUCCCGCUCCGAAGCCGCAACCCGAGCCACUCUCCGCCCUCGCCGCCGCCGCUCUCUGCCACGGUGGCGAGCAAGAAGAGGCUGAUGCUGUCACGCCGCGUCAGCAAACACUUUCUCUCGUCAUUUCGCAAAACGGUUCCCGCGCGAACUGAUUUACAUCCGUAG